AUGUCAUCAGCUUGGAAACAGCUACACACGGGCCGAGGGCUCUACAAAUCAUUCUUACAUCUUGGACGAGUCCAACAACGACAAUCCUUCAGUAACUCUGCAUCAUUAACCAUGAACGUUGCUCUACUUACCGCCUGGGGCAAGCCACCCAAGUAUAUCACUGGGGCACCAUCCCUCCCAGCCCCGUCACCGUCUCAGCUCCAGCUCAAAGUACUAGCUGUAGGCGUCCCUCGCGCCGUGAAAGGUCGCGCACUUGGGAAACAUUCCAGCGUCAAGGGUGGGCUGCCUUAUGACCCCAGCGUUGAUGGCGUCGGGUUAGAUGAAUCUACGGGGAAAAAGUACUAUAUUGCGCCCGUGGCGGCCCCCCUUUUCGCCGAGCGCGCUAAUGUUGAACGACACUUAACGGCCGAGCUGCCUUCGGAAGCUGACCCUGUCACUGUGGCCGCACUAGCGAAUCCCGUCAGUAGCAGUUGGAUGGCCCUGAAUGUUCGCGUCACUGGCGGCUGCAAGGGGCGUAACUUAUUUAUCGUCGGUGCUACUUCCGAAAGUGGCCGCCACGCCGCCCGUGUUGCUCGCCAGCUCGGCGCUGCCAAGAUUGUGGGCGCCUCACGCACUCAAGAGACUCUCGACAAGGUCGAGGGCCUUGACGAACGUGUUCUUCUUACCGACCCCUUCGAGGUACCGAAAACAGUUGGACCUAUAGACAUCGUAUUAGACUACGUCGGCGGCCCUACCAAUGUGGCCGUUAUGAAGAGUGUCGAGAUACAAGAAGGCAAGGGCUUACAGUAUAUCAGUGUUGGUGGCGUCGCAGGACAUGAGAACUUGGUUAUACCGGCCAGUUUACUAAAUGCCCGAGAUAUCCGCAUACUUGGAUCUGGAAUGGGUGGUAUCACAAUGGAUGAUAUCCUGAAGCAAAUGCCAGGGUUGGUUGCUUUUCUUAGCAAGAUAAAGAGGCCUGCAAAUAUCGUCACCGCUCCUUUGGCUGACAUAGAGGCUGCUUGGGACUCUACUGGGGAGAAGGAGAGACUUGUGUUGAUCCCUUAGAGGGC